AAUAGAUGGGCGAGUAACUAGAAUGAUUAACGGAAUAGUAGCAAAACCCAAGCAAUUUCCUUUUGUGGUAGAUCUGCACAUAGGAACCAAUUCUUGCAGUGGAUUAUUGAUUACUCCUAAAACUGUCAUUACCGCAGGUCAUUGUUUACGAAUCAAUGAUACAGUAAUGUACAAAGUUUAUAUGGGGAAUAUAAAAAAGCAAAUAAAGAAUAAACUUAUGGAAAAAACAGUUCAACUUCAAAAUGUUUCAAAAAUUAUUCUGCACCCUAAGUUUGAAAAUCUGGAAGUAAUAUCUGAUGGCAUAAACAGCUAUGAUAUCGGUAUCAUUAUCUUGAAAAAUCCUUUUAAGAUGACGCCAUCUGUAAAGACAAUAUGCUUGAAGAAUAAAAAACGUCCAUAUCCGAAGAAAGCCAUCUCUAUUGGAUUUGGACAGACUGAGCACUAUAAUAAAACUCUUGAUGGUGGAUACCUACGAUAUUUCGAAGUGGAUAUACUAAAUCCGAUUGUCUGUGCAGUGAUCUUUCGAGCAAUUGGACUUGCAAUCACCAGGAAAGAGAUUUGUGCUUCCUUCACCAGAGCUGGGGCAAUGUGUUCCGGUGAUUCUGGUGGUCCAUUAGUGAGUGAAAUUGGUGGAAAAUAUGUUGCUUUGGCAAUAGUAUCACAAGGAACUCUUACUCAGUGUAAUCAACCCUUACUUGCACAGGCAUACACGAAAAUAAAUCCCUUUGAAAACUGGAUUCAGAAACAGAUUGGAAAUGAAUACAACAUUUGUUUUGUUUGAAUAAAAUUAUUGUGCAUUG